AUGGCGCUACCCACCGUUGACGAGGUCCAGACGGCCAUUCUUACGGCGCUCGAUGCGUCCCCGGCAGGUACACUUACCGAUUCGCGGACGAUCUCGGCAGCCGGAACGCUGCUGGGCAGCCAGGAGGCGCAGGCUGUCGUCAAGUCGGCGCUAGACUCGCUGCUGAGCAAGGAGAUGGUCGACUACAAGCAGAUCACGACCAAUGUGUACGGGCUCACCGAAGAAGGAGCACAGAUUGCGGCGAGCGGCUCGCACGAGUUCCGCGUGUGGCAGGCGUGUCCCGCUGCCGGAGCCGGUGCACCGGUCACCGUGCCAGAGCUCAAGAAACUCCUCGGUGACGACACUGUCAAGGUCGGCCAGGGCCGCGCGUUCAAGAACAAGUGGAUUGCCAAGGACGGUGCGGGCUUUGUGCGCGCCGCCGCCGCGCCAGUGGACGAGACGGCUGAGCAGCUGCGCGAGGUGCAGACCACGGGCGGACAGGCGGGCGGCGACAAGGUGCUCAAGGAGCUGAUAAAGCGCAAGCUUGUGGGUGCGCGGAAACAGCUCCAUUUUAGCGCGUCCAAGGGACCCAAGUUUGCGACUGAGGUCAAGACGCUCGAGACGGAUCUGUCGACUGACAUGGUGUCGAGCGGCAAGUGGAAGGAGGCCGAGUUCAAGCCAUACAACUUUGCCGCGCAGGGACAGGCGACCGAGGGCGGCGCACUGCACCCUCUGCUCAAGGUGCGCGAGGAGUUCCGGCAGAUCUUCUUCGACCUCGGCUUCACCGAGAUGCCCACCAACCACUUUGUUGAGAGCGCGUUCUGGAACUUUGACGCCAUGUUUGUGCCGCAACAACACCCUGCACGCGAGCUGCAGGACACUUUCUACGUCAAGGACCCCGCCAAGGCGUUCAUCCCCGACGAGGCGUACUAUGAGCGCGUGAGGAAGACGCACGAGGUUGGCGGAUACGGCUCGAUCGGGUACCGCGCACCUUUCUUACGCGCUGAUAGCGAGCGCCUCCUUCUGCGUACGCACACGACCGCCGUGUCCACCGACAUGUUGUAUCGCCUCGCCAACCAGCCUGGCGGCUUCAAGCCCGCCAAGCUCUUCAGUAUCGACCGCGUGUUCCGUAACGAGGCGACCGACGCGACCCACCUUGCCGAGUUCCACCAGGUCGAGGGUGUUGUCGCCGACUACGACAUUACGCUGGGCCAUCUCAUCGGCUUCAUGAAGGAGUUCUUUGCCAAGACAGGCAACCACAAGCUGCGCUUCAAGCCCGCUUACAACCCCUACACCGAGCCGUCGAUGGAGGUAUUCUCGUGGCACGAGGGCCUGGGCAAGUGGAUCGAGAUUGCCAACUCCGGCGUCUUCCGCCCAGAGAUGCUCGAGCCCAUGGGUCUGCCCAAGGGUGUGCGCGUGCUCGGCUGGGGCAUGUCGCUCGAGCGUCCCACCAUGAUCAAGUACAAGAUCUCGGACAUCCGCACCCUUGUCGGUCACAAGACCGACCUGCUCGGCGUCAAGUCGGCCGCCGCCGUGCGCCUUGACAAGGGCGACGACUAG